CUCUGACGCCCAUUAUACAUCAGUUUGGGUUUUUUGACAAAGUAUAAUGCAUUUUUGAAAAUAUCAUGCAUAUUGCAUUUAACCAGUCCAUUUCCAUGCAUGCUAUUUACACAACAUUAGCCUGAAUUUAUUUAAAGAGUUUUAAAUCUUGAGUAUGAAACCAUAAUUUAUGCGGAUUUCAUGAUCAUUCAUAAUUCAGCAUGUAAAAUAACAAGUCCAAUUAUAAAUGGCUGCAUACUUGUGUCAAACGGUUCUAAGAUCAUGCAUGUUUUGGUUAAAGCAAGUAUAAUAAACCCACUGAUCAUGUACAUGUAAAUUAAUUUACCCAAACAAUUGCCUCAUCAGUAAGUGAAAACAAGUCUCGUCUUCACCUCUGGUGGGUGAGACACAAACAUACUAUAAUUUGGUAGCUGUUUAUUUACAUGUACAUGCCAAUAGAAAUCAAAUACUUAGUAUUCUACCAACUUUCUUAUCUUUACUGGAUUUUCCUCAUAACCUUCACCGAUAAUUUCUAUAAUUUUUUGUGGUAUCUUUAAAACAAACUUGUCAGGGUGAGCUUCCCCUUUAAUAUAAUCUUUAAUGAAAUGGAAUAGUGACACACAAAGUUAUUUUUUGGGGGGUUACUAAAAAUAAAGAUAGACUUUAAGCACAUCCUGGUUAACAUGAAAAGUGUGUGAGAUCGUUAAUACAGAUAACAAAUUAAUAUAUUCCAGGUCAUCCCUCACAUACUGAUGUGUCAUUACAAUGUAAUGUAAAAAGACAUUGUAAUGAUCUAUAUUUGCCAAAAUACCAAUACGUUUUUUCUUGUUCCAUUAUUAAUUACAGAGGACCUAUGAUUUGGAAUAAUUUAAAAUCAGAACAGAUAUCUUGCCAGUCAAUGUCUCAGUUUAAAAAACACUACAGAUCAUUUUCUAUCCAUCAUUCAAUAGACUUUUUGUUACCUGUUUGCCCUUUGUAUUUUUUAAUACUUUAUUUGAAUGUCUUUUGGGGACUAGCCUUGAUAGGCCUUCAACCUUUGUUGGUCCCUGCAUCUGAUUUGUCAUGCUCUUCAUUUGUUAUAGAUUGUGAUCUUUUGAAUUGUAUUUUGCGUUUUUUAUCCAAUAUGCCUCUUUAUAGUAUUUUCAAAUAUUGUUUUAUCAUAUUACAUGUAUGUUUUUAUAUUGGAUGCAAAUAAAAUGCUGUAUGGGCCAAUCAAUCUCGUGCAAAAUGCUCAAUAAGUAUAGGCCUAUCUGUGACAUACUGGCAGGGUCUGCAGCCAUGUCAGACUUGGACAAGCAAGAUAUUAUAUUAAUCAAUAAAUAUUAAUCUUUAUCACAUAGUGGAGUGAGAUUCAUCAGGGGAUGGUUAAUAGACAAGCUGACCAUUGUAUGAGCGACUGCAGGGUGGGCGUAUUCAAUCAAUGGACGAAAUUUCUAUGAGACGGCUCAAAGUAUAAAGUCGCUAGAGCCAUCUUUGCACAAUUAUGCGAGUCAUUGAACUACAUUGUACCUGCGUGUUCACCGAUAAUACUUCUCCUUAAAUAUCUUUCACAGAUAAGAAUCAGGACCAAAAGAUGGAGAUCAAGAAGCAUCAGGUCAAGAUUUAUAUUGCACUCAGCUUUCUUGUAUGUAUAAAGAGUAGGCCUAUGAGUGCCUCAACAGAAGUCGCAAUUCGAGAGUGCCCCCAGUAUCAAAAACUAAAACCGAAAGACUUUUGUGUACUGGACGCCCCUCAGUAUGAAAAUGACUUAAAAGUGGGAGACAAUUUAAAGCUAGAGUGGCAAUUCCGUUCUCCAAUGAACUUGAGCGAGACGAAAGUCUCUAUCUCAAACGAGGAACAUAUGAUUAUAAAUGGAACAAGAGUCGCAACCAUCUUGGAAAACCACAAUAACUGGAGAGCAGAAUGGAAAUGUACAGAAAAAAAUAGUUACUUUAUAUGUAACUAUACUGUUACUGUACAUCGUGCAGAAUAUUCAGACGAGAUUGUGGCCCAGGUGAAGAUCAAUCUUCUUGGAGUACAUGUAAUACUUAAAUCAGCCUUCUUUCACAUUCGUGUACAACCUGAGAGCCCAACAAGUACAGUUCAAAGUACUGAAGUGAAUACACCAGUACAACCUGAAAAUCCAUCUGAGCUAUUGACUAGUACCACCACUACACUUCCACUCACUAGUACCACCAGUGCACAUCCUAAACCCACAAUCGUCAAUGUACCAAGUGGACCAUCAAACAGGGCAGUAAUUGCGAUUGUGAUAGUUUCAGCUAUUGUCCUGGCUGGUUUGAUACUGAGAAAACAGAUUCGCCGUGUCAUAUGUAAGAGCUGCAACUGGCAUCCCGAAAGCCAAAGGACUGAGGACCGUCUUGCAUCUGAAGGUGUAAACAAGAUUGUGAUAAAUGAACCAACUGAACGGCUUCAGCGACAACUUAGAUCAUCUUCCACUGCAAUAACCAAUCAAGUCACCUAUGAUGCAUCAACACAAGCAAUCCGGAUUGGAACCACAGACCCUAUUGAACCACUCGACCAACAACUGACACCAGUCAACCAAUCUGUUCUUCCUGCUACAGAGGACCGUCUUGCAUCUGAAGGUGUAAACGAAAUUGUGAAAAAUGAACCAACUGAACGGCUUCAGCGACAACUUAGAUCAUCUUCCACUGCAAUAACCAAUCAAGUCAUCUAUGAUGCAUCAACACAAGCAAUCCGGAUUGGAACCACAGACCCUAUUGAACCACUCGACCAACAACUGACACCAGUCAACCAAUCUGUUCUUCCUCCUACAGAUCAGACUAGGAUUCUGACCAGAGACCCUAAUGAGCCAUUCAGCCAACAGGUAACAUCAUGCGCCACUGAAGGAAUCGAUCAACCUGUUCAAGGUAGAACCCAUGCCAAUUCAACUAAAUUAUUGCAUUUAUUUGUAUUUACUUUAUAGAAAUUUAGGAUAAAAUGAAACUUUUCUUUAGUUGUC